GAUCAGCUGCAUGUUUGCUCGGACUGGCACACCCUGAAGGCCACUGACCCCGCGGCCCCCUUAAGCUCUGUGCCUCGGGCCACAGCGUCACUUCUCGCUCGGCGCUGACAGCAGACGUAAGGAUGACUGUCCUGGCUGUCUUGCCAUUCGUGCUCCUGUGUGGCGCACUCGCCCACGAUGACAUCUGCAGUGCCAAACCCAAGGACCUGCCGCUCCAGCCCAUGUGCAUCUACCGCAACCCGGAGAAGAAGAUGGUGGACGACGACCCGGAGAAGAUCCCGGGGGCCACCAACCGACGCGUGUGGGAGCUGUCCAAGGCCAAUAGUCGCUUCGCCUUGAGCUUCUACAGGACGCUGGCAGAGGGCAAGUCGGGCACGGGAAACAUCUUCAUGUCGCCCCUCAGCAUCUCGACUGCCUUCGCCAUGACCAAGCUGGGGGCCUGUGAGGACACCCUGGAGCAAAUCAUGCAGGUGUUCCAGUUUGACUCCAUCAAGGAGAAGACGUCGGACCAGAUCCACUUCUUCUUUGCCAAGCUGAACUGCCGGCUCUACCGCAAGGCCAACAAGUCGUCCGAGUUGAUCUCUGCCAACCGGCUCUUUGGCGACAAGUCGCUGACCUUCAACGAGACGUACCAGAACAUCAGCGAGGCAAUGUACGACGCCAAGCUGCUGCCCCUCAACUUCAAGCAAAACUUUGAAGCAGCAAGAAUCACCAUAAAUGAGUGGGUGGCCAACAAGACGGAGAAGCGCAUCCAAGACGUACUGCCCGUGGGCGCCCUGGACAGCAACACCAUUCUGGUCCUGGUCAACACCAUCUACUUUAAGGGCCAAUGGAAGUCAAAGUUUGACAAGUCGCACGUCUACAGCAGCGAGUUCUUCAGGACCCCCGAGGACGCCUGCACAGUGUCCAUGAUGUACCAGGAGACCAAGUUCCGCUAUGGCAAGUUCCCUGCCGAUGGCAUCAAGGUGCUGGAGCUGCCCUACAAGGGGGAUGACAUCAGCAUGGUCCUCAUUCUGCCCUCCGAGGGGCACAACCUGAGUGCCGUAGAGCACGACCUCACUCUGGAAAAGAUCCUUCAUUGGCUGGGUGGCAUGAAGGUGGACAAAACGGUCACCGUGCAGAUCCCGCGCUUCCGCAUCGAGGACAGCUUCAGCCUGAAGGCCAAGCUGCAGAAAAUGGGCCUGACCGACCUGUUUGACCCCAUGAGAGCCAGGCUGCCAGGGAUUGUCGAGGGCCUGCAGGAUGAGAUCUUCAUUUCAGACGCCUACCACAAGGCCUUCUUGGAGGUGAAUGAAGAGGGCAGCGAAGCGGCGGCCUCCACUGCCAUCGUGGCCACCGGGCGCUCCAUCAACUGGAACCGCGAGGUGUUCACUGCCAACAGGCCUUUCCUGCUGCUCAUCCGGGAGGUCUCCCUCAACACCAUCAUUUUCAUGGGCCGGGUGGCAGACCCCUGUCCAUGACGCUGGCAUGCCGGUGCCCCCAGCAGCAUUCCUUGUGCGGAUUAAAGUUCUCUUUUGUAA